ACGAUAAGAUGUCGUGUUUAGAUAAUGACAGUGGUAAUUACGUAACAAUCCCAUCGGAUUUUCCUGGUACGUACUUGGAUUAUGAUGAACAAUGCCAGAUGCUAUACGGGACACAGGCUGACGGGAACUGCAAUCAGAAUAAGAAGGCGGAUUUUUCUUGUGAGCGAAUUUAUUGUCGUGAGGAUCCUGACAAUAAACCCAACCUGUGCACAGAUUAUUAUCCUCCUGCUGAGGGUACCCCUUGCAAUACGGAAGACAAUGAUGAAGGUGAAGCAUACGAUGGAUGGUGCCGCAUAGGAGAGUGUUUGAUUGAAGGCGAAGAACCAACAAUAGAUGAAGGAGAAUGGAGUGACUGGGAAGAAGGCGAAUGCUCUGUUACAUGCGGAGGUGGUGUCAAGUUAUUGACCAGAACUUGUAACGUAAAUGACGGGGAGGAAUACUGUAAAGGGAGUGACACUAUGUACGAACUGUGUAACACACAGCUAUGUGAUGGGGUAUGUAGCGACAUCAACGCCGACAACUACCGGAACCAGUUUUGCAGCAGCGGAAAAGCCAAAUUUUAUGGUGGCGACAACCUAUGCAACUUGUAUUGUGGUUCAAACUAUGAAAUGAAAGUCCUGGAUGGGGGAAGACAGACCGACGAUCCAGGAAAAGUUGCGGACCUUGAUAUCUGUAUUGAUGGACAACCAUUUACGGUUGGUUGUGACGGUUCUUUCACUUCUGGUUUGGUGUACGAUAGAUGCGGUGUUUGUGACGGAGACAACAGUACCUGCACAUUCAUUGACAGCUCAUUUAGUGACAUAAGUAAUUUUUCAGACAAGGAACUGGUACCCAUUGCAGAGCUCAUAGCAGGAACAACCCAUAUUACUUUUGUGGAAUCAGAAUAUGUCCAGUCCGCUUAUUUCGUAUUGAGAACGUCGGAUGGUACUUAUCUAACAAACUCUGAUUACACCAUUCGACCUGGGUACACCAACACCGGUGAUGCAGGUCCAUUUAGGUAUGACCCUGACUGCAAUACAAUAUUUACCCAUAACCACCCGUACAAAGAAGUUGAAAAGAUAGUGGCACCGGGACCUAUAAGCGAAACAAUCGACGUUUUGUACUAUGUCAAGAAGACGUCCAAAUUCCAACCAAUACUCUUCUCCUACUAUACUCCAACCGGAGAGACAGAUACUGAUGACGUCACACAAACUGACCAGGAAGAUGCAGAUGAUUUUGCUAAUGGCUCUCAGAAUGAAGAUAAUGAGGUUGAUAAUAACGAACAAGAAGAGGAAAAUGAUAAUGAAAAUGAACUGAAUUCGGCCGAAGAGGAAAAUGAAGUAGAAGGUGAAGCAGGAGAAACUGGAGACGCUGAAGCAGAAGAUGAAGAAGGGUAUGCGGAAGGGGAAGCCGGAGGAGAAGUAGAAACGGAAGGAGAAGCUGGAACAGAAGCCGAAGAAGACGAGGACGCAGAAGAAGGAACAGAAGAAGGAGAAGAAGGGGAAGUGGAAGAAGAAGGAACAGAAGAAGGGGAAGGGGACGCGGAAGAAGGAACAGAAGAAGAAGAAGAAGUAGAAGAAGAAGAAGAAGAAGAAGGGGAAGCAGAAGGGGAAGCGGAAGAAGAGGAAGCAGAAGAAGGAACAGAAGAAGAAGAGGAAGAAGAAGAGGAAGGAGAAGCGGAACAAAACCAAGAUGAUAAUAAUGGCGCAAGCUGCACAGACAUGACAUAUGUGAGAGGAAUGGCUGAAAAUCAAGAACAGUGUGACGCAAAGAAAGGAAAACGUGGCGCUUAUGACUGGGUGUACAAAUUGAGGGCCAAUGAGCCAUGUAAAUUCUAUUGUUAUUCGGAGGAGAAGGAAGAGCUGGCAUUGUUCAAUGGAGGCAUAGCAGAGGGCAGCUGGUGCAGUAAUGACGUACUUCAGCCAAAGAGAUGCAUAGAGGGCGAUUGUGUUGAUGUUGGUUGUGAUGGGGAAGGAGGCGGUCUAGAAUUCGACAACUGUGGUGUUUGCGGCGGCAACGGUGACACUUGUCAGCUGGUCCAGGCGUCUGUACAGCUUUCUGAAGACAUUACGUCUAUAACAACAUUUCCUAUUGGAGCUAGUCACAUAUAUGUCUCAGAAAGGAACAGCAAUGGACCAAAGUAUGCAAAAGGAUAUUACAUUUUAGAGACAAGUACUGGAAGCUACGUCACUGGAUCCAAUGAGGAUGGCACUGCAUCUGAGCCUGCCGAUAAAUCGUCAGCAUAUUACUACGAGGUGGGAUGCACUGCCUUCAAGCACUAUAAGUGGACGUAUGAGUCUGAGACUAUCGAAUCCGACAUGCCUCUCACAGAGGCUGUAGAGUUGAAGUACCAAUAUAUCGACCAGAAGAGUGAUCGGUUUGUUCAGUACGAAUACUAUAUUCCAUAAUUCGGUUGGCUCCUUCAUACCAUGGCGAUGAAGUAUAUGGCUAACUUUCAUGAAAUUUGAACCUAAUACUGGUGUCUGUCAGUAGAAUCUAGUUUCGUCUGUAUAAAAUAAAUUAUUACUGUAUGUUCGUUACACAUUUUAACUAUGAAUAGACAAGCCUACCGCCUGUGUCAAUAGUUUUAAUAUGAUAAAUUGCUGCUCGAGAGCACGUUGAAUUAUAAAGUAGGUUGCUGUAGCACAGAGAGUCUCGUGCAACAAUCGCGCUUUUUUUAAACCAGGCUCCGGCGGAAAAAAAAAAGAUAAUUUGUUGUACAACUGAUAUUUCCAAGACACAAAAACGGUGUUUGACGAGAACCUCGGGAACAGUUAAUGAGAUAAGAUUUUUUAAUAUUUAAAAACUGGGGAAAAGGUAAAAAAGGGGUAAUUACGCCCAUUUUCCCUCCAUUCUUUAUCUCAUUAACCGUUUCCGAGUUUUUCGUAAAAUUUCAUUUUUGUAUCUAAGAAAAAUUAGUUGUAAAACAUAUCAAUUCUUUUUCCUCUGUAGCCUGGCUUUGAGAGGCAAAUGUAAGUAUAGGUCUAAUUAUAAACGUAUUUAAAGGUAAAUUAUUUCAUGUUUACUUAAUAAUCUUUGAAUUUUGUAAUAGUAUAUAUAAAUAUAUUUAUAGACCUAAUACUGUGGUGAAGGGAUUAAUAAAGCAAUGCAUAA